AUGACGUCGUCGCUCAGUAGAGACCUUAUCUUUUUAAUUUUGCAGUUCCUUGAUGAAGAAAAGUUCAAAGAAACUGUUCACAAGCUCGAGCAAGAAUCCGGGUUGUUCUUCAACGCAAAGUUCUUUGAGGAGCUUGUGUUGGGUGGCAACUGGGACGAGGUUGAGAAAUAUCUCUCUGGGUUUACCAAAGUGGAUGAUAACCGAUAUUCAAUGAAGAUAUUUUUUGAAAUUCGCAAGCAGAAGUACCUUGAGGCAUUGGACAAGCUUGAUCGAACCAAGGCUGUGGAUAUCCUGAUGAAGGAUCUGAAAGUUUUUGCCUCUUUUAAUGAAGACUUGUUUAAAGAAAUUACUCAGCUGCUCACAUUGGAUAAUUUUAGGGAAAAUGAUCAGCUUUCCAAUUAUAGAGAUACAAAGUCAGCAAGAACAAUUAUGCUGAUUGAGCUCAAGAAGCUUAUCGAGUCAAAUCCCCUUUUCCGUGACAAAUUGCAGUAUCCUAACAUAAAAAAUUCAAGAUUACGAAUGCUUAUCAACCAAAGCUUGAAUUGGCAGCAUUCCCUUUGUGGAAAUCCAGGGCAAAAUCCUGAUAUAAGAACCCUCUUUGUCGAUCACAGUUGUAGAAAUGCUAAUCAUCCGUAUCCCCAACUAGGACCAAGCAAUCACCUCAUAGCUGCUGCACCAAAGUCUGAAGGCUUUCUUCCAAUAGUUGCAAAUGGGUCAUUCCAACCUGCACCUGCACCUGCACCUGCGCCAGCGCCAGUACCAGUACCAAUACCAGUUCAAACACCUUUAACAACUUGGAUGUCCAAUCCCACAACUGUAACUCAUCCAGUAGUUCCUGGAGGUGGAUUGAAUUUCAUCAGCCCAAAUCCAGGUAUAGUUGCAAUGCCAAAAGGUCCCGGGGAUUCUGAUUUGUCAAGACCAAGAGUUUCUGGGCCUUUGGACAGGGCAAUGUUGACAGGAAAUAAUUCUGGUCAAAAUCAUCAUGGCUUGGCCUUUAACAUAACCGAAGAGCUGCCCAGGACUGUGGCACGGACAUUAAAUCAAGGCUCAGCUGCUACAAGCAUGGACUUCCACCCUAUCCAACAGACUCUACUUCUGGUUGGAACUGGUAUUGGGGACAUUAGUUUGUGGGAAGUUAGUUCGAGGGAGAAGUUGGCCUCGAAAAGUUUUCAGGUAUGGGAUAUUGGAGCAAGUUCAAUGGUAUUGAAGGCAUCUAUAAUCAAAGACCCAUCUGUCUCAGUUAAACGUGUAUUGUGGAGUCCUGAUGGUUCUUUAUUUGGGGUUGCAUAUUCUAAGCAUAUGGUGCAGUUAUACACUUAUUAUAGUGGACUUGAUAUUCGGCAGCAUAUCGAGAUUGAUGCUCAUGUUGGAAGUGUAAAUGAUCUAGCAUUUUGCACCCCCAACAAGCAACUAUCUGUUAUCACUUGUGGUGACGACAAGACCAUCAAGGUGUGGGAAGUGGCCACUGGUACCAAAUUGUAUACGUUCGAAGGUCAUGAAGCUCCUGUUCAUUCUGUCUGUCCCCAUUCUAGGGAAACUGUUCAUUUUGUCUUUUCAACGUCAGUGGAUGGAAAAAUUAAGGCAUGGUUGUAUGGCGUGAUGGGAUCUAGGGUUGAUUAUGAUGCUCCUGGUCGAUCAUGCUCCACAAUGGCAUAUAGUGCUGAUGGGAAAAGGCUAUUUUCAUGUGGGACCAGUCAAGAUGGGGAGGCACACAUGGUGGAAUGGAAUGAAAAUGAAGGGACUAUAAAGAGAACUUACCAAGGAUUUCACAAGCGUUCUUUGGGUGUUGUUCAAUUUGAUACUACCAAGAAUAGGUUCUUGGCUGUCGGUGAUGACUACUCGAUCAAAUUCUGGGAUAUGGAUAGUCCUUCUAUUUUGACAACCAUUGAUGCAGAGGGAGGCCUGCCAACAAGUCCACGUAUUCGAUUCAAUAGAGGGGGCAACCUAUUGGCUGUUUCUGCAAAUGAUAAUAGAAUCAAAAUCUUGGCAACAGUUGAUGGUCUCUGUUUGAUGCGCACAUUCGAAGGCCAUUCUCCGGCUGCCUCGAGACUUGGAAUUGCAUCUGAGGCACCGCUAAAGAAUGGUGACACUAGAAACUCAGAAGGUGCAAAACUAAGGGUGCCUGAAGAAGUACACCCACCAAAGAUAUGGAAGCAAACUGAGAUUAAUGAUCCUUCCAAGCUUCAUUCGUUGAGGCUCACAGCUCGUGUUAAAACCGAUAAGAUUGCAAGGUUGGUCUACACAAAUUCAGGCAAUGCCAUCUUGGCACUUGCAUUAAAUGCCAUUCAUCUACUUUGGAGGUGGCCUCGAAACGAGUAUAAUUCGAGUGGGAAGGCAACAACCAAGGCUACCCCUCAAUUGGUGCAACCAGCAUCUGGCAUAUUAAUGAUCAAUGAUCUAGUUGAUGGUAGAUCAGAAGAGGCCGUGUCAUGUUUUGCUUUGUCCAAGAAUGAUUCCUACAUCAUGUCAGCAUCUGGAGGGAAAAUUUCCUUGUUCAACACCAUGACAUUCAAGACUAUGACAGCAUUCAUGCCUCCACCACCUGCAGCAACGUAUCUUGCAUUCCAUCCUCAAGAUAACAAUAUUGUUGCAGUGGGAAUGGAUGAUUCCACAAUUCACAUAUAUAACGUUCGCGUGGAUGAGGUCAAAAGCAAGCUUAAGGGUCACUCUAAGAGAAUCACUGGUCUUGCCUUCUCUAAUGUGCUGAAUACACUUGUUUCCUCAGGCGCAGAUUCUCAGGUUAUUGUUUGGAGCACUGAUAGGUGGGAAAGGAAGAAAAAUUGUGUCUUGCAGAUUCCUGCUGGAAGGACACCUGCAGCUAUGUCAGACACCCAAGUUCAGUUUCACCAAGAUCAAAUCCAUUUGCUUGUUGUACAUGACACUCAGCUUGCCAUAUAUGAAACAACAAAACUUGAACGCUUAAAUCAGUGGACCAUUGAAGAAUUUUCAGCACCAGUCUCCCAUGCAACGUUCUCUUGUGAUAGCCAGUUAGUUUAUGCCAGCUUCUUGGAUGGAACUCUGCGCAUAUUUGGUGCAUCAAAUCUUCAAGCGAGAUGCCAGAUCAAUCCCAAUGCCUAUCUUCCGUCAGAUGCCAGUUCUUCUGUAUAUCCACUAGCAAUUGCUGCACAUCCCCAAGAACCUAAUCAGUUUGCCAUAGGCUUAACGGAUGGCAGUGUUCAAGUUUUCGAGCCUCUUGAAUCAGAGGGCAAAUGGGGCGUCCCCCCACCUGCUGAAAACGGAGCAUCAAGUAGCAUGCCUUCCGCUCCCGCACCUCCAGUUGUCGCUUUAGACCAACCCCAGAACAUGGAUCCACGUAUUCGAUUCGGUAAAUGGGGCAACCUAUUGGCUGUUUCUGCAAAUGAUAAUAGAAUCAAAAUCUUGGCAACUUUUGGUGGUCUCGGUUUGAUGGGCACAUUCGAAGGCCAUUCUCUGAUUGCCUCCAGACAUACUCACAAACUAAAUAUUGCGGGUGUAAUUGCUAGAAACUCAGAAGGUGCAAAAACACGGGUGCCUGAAGAAGUACACCCACCACAGAUAUGGAAGCAAAACGAGAUUAAUGAUCCUUCCAAGCUUCAUUCGUUGAGGCUCACAGCUCUUGUUAGAACAGAUAAGAUUGCGAGGUUGGUCUACACAAAUUCAGGCACUGCCAUCUUGGCACUUGCACUAAAUGCCCUCCAUCUACUUUGGAAGUGGCCUCGAAAUGACCUUAAUCCGAGUGGGAAGGCAACAACCAAGGCUACCCCUCAAUUGGUGCAACCAGCAUCUGGCAUAUUAAUGACCAAUGAUCUAGUUGAUGCUAGAUCAGAAGAGGCUGUGCCAUGUUUUGCUUUGUACAAGAAUGAUUCCUACAUCAUGUCAGCAUCUGGAGGGAAAAUUUCCAUGUUCAACACCAUGACAUUCAAGGCCAUGACAGCAUUCAUGUCUCCGCCACCUGCAGCAACGUAUCUUGCUUUCCCCCGUCAAGAUAACAAUAUUGUUGCAGUGGGAAUGGAUGAUUCCACAGUACACAUAUAUAAUUAUCGCGUGGAUGAGAUCAAAAGCAAGCUCAAGGGUCACUCCCAGAGAAUCACUGGUCUUGCCUUCUCUAAUGUGCUCAAUACACUUGUUUCUUCAGGCGUUAUUGUGUGGAGCAGUGAUAGGUGGGAAAGGAAGAAAAAUUGUGUCUUGCAGAUUCCAGCUGGUAGGGCACCUGCAGCUAUGUCAGACACCCAAGUUCAGUUUCACCAAGAUCAAAUCCAUUUGCUUGUUGUACAUGACACUCAGCUUGCCAUAUAUGAAACAACAAAACUUGAAUGCUUAAAACAGUGGACCAUUGGAGAAUUUUCUGCACCAAUCUCCCAUGCAACAUUCUCUUGUGAUAGCCAGUUAGUUUAUGCCAGCUUCUUGGAUGGAACUCUGCGCGUAUUUGGUGCAUCAAAUCUUCAAGCGAGAUGCCAGAUCAAUCCCAAUGCCUAUCUUCCGUCAGAUGUCAGUUCUACUGUAUAUCCACUAGCAAUUGCUGCACAUCCUCAAGAACCUAAUCAGUUUGCCAUAGGCUUAACAGAUGGCAGUGUUCAACUUUUCGAGCCUCUUGAAUCAGAGGGCAAAUGGGGCGUCCCCCACCUGCUGAAAACGGCGCAUCAAAAAAUGGAGGGUCUUUGCUCAGACACUGUCGUUUUGAAGGGCUUUCUCUCUUCAUUAAUGGAAGCUGUAGUACUUGAAGCAGCCAUUUCUGCUUCGAAGGCACUUGCUUUGUCACUUUUCAUGGCGAAAGAUUUGCUAGGUUGCCUGCCUAACGGAUCCAGUGUCUUCCCAGAAGAGUUAGGACCAAGUCAAGGGUUUCCCUUGGCUGAGCUUCACACAAAGAAGAAACCUGAUCCUGAUAAUCAAGAUGGCAGUGAUACCGAGGAUGAGGAAGAUGACGACAAUGAGGAUGGCAAAGAUGAUCAGGAUGAUGAUGAUGACGAAGGUGAUGAGGAGGAGGAGCCUGGCAAAGAUGGCAAGGAUGGUGAGGAUCCAGAAGAUGAGCCUGAAGCCAAUGGUGAUGGUGGCAGCGACGACGAUGACGAGGAAGAUGAUGAUGAGGAAGAUGAAGACGAUGAGGACGACGAUGAUGAGGAAGAAGACGAGGACGAGGAGGAGGAGGAGGAAGAUGAGGACGAUAUUCCCCAGCCACCAGCUAAGAGGAGGAAAUGA